AAAGUAAUCAUUGUUGGUCUGGACAAUGCGGGAAAAACGACCAUUCUUUAUCAAUUCUCCAUGAACGAAGUGGUGCACACCUCGCCCACCAUCGGGAGCAACGUGGAAGAGAUUGUGGUGAACAACACACGCUUUCUCAUGUGGGAUAUCGGAGGGCAGGAGUCUCUCCGCUCGUCGUGGAACACCUACUACACAAACACGGAGUUUGUGAUAGUCGUCGUGGACAGCACGGACAGAGAGAGGAUUUCCGUGACUAAAGAAGAGCUGUAUAAAAUGUUAGCCCACGAGGACUUAAAAAAAGCAGGUUUGCUGAUCUUUGCUAACAAGCAAGAUGUUAAAGAGUGUAUGACAGUAGCGGAAAUCUCUCAGUUUCUGAAACUGACUUCAAUUAAGGAUCAUCAGUGGCACAUUCAGGCGUGCUGUGCUCUAACUGGAGAGGGGUUGUGCCAAGGACUCGAAUGGAUGAUGUCAAGACUUAAGAUCAGAUGAUUUUUAAUGACCUCUUUGCACAGACAUUGCUUACAAAGAGCUGUACCCGUGAUUGACCUUCACAGUGGCAGAAUUACUGGGUUAGAUGUAUUUAUACUGAACUGAUUUCGACUUUAUUUUCUACGUAGAUGCACACACACAUAUGUGUAUGUAAAUUAAGACCAUUCAGCAAAAAGAAAGGCAGUUGACAGCUCCUGUUUGGUUUCCCGUUUGUUUUUCCUCCAAGGAUGCAUUUAAAAGCUGUGAUCGACCCUCGCUGCAGGAUCCAGCCGCUCGGAGCAGCCCGGCCCUGGGCGUGGAGAAGCUGAAGUGAGAGGAAGGAGCUUUGAAUUUUGAGUUCUGUUAUUCCAUUGUAGUCCGCUCUAGUCGAAGGUGUUGGCUUCAUUAUUCCAGUAAAUCAGCAAGCAAAUCA